UUGAAUAGCAGAUGGGUGGACCAUGAGUAACAAAGGAUCAAGAAACCACCAUUAUUUUGAGCACGGAGCUAUAAAAAAGUACACACAAUCUCAGUCUCUUCCACUUACAAUUUUAGGCUUCAAUUUUUUUUAAGCAGGAAUUUAAUGGCAGUGAAAGGUAACCAGACUGUAAAACGAGUGUGUGUGACUGGAGCAGGAGGAUAUAUUGGAUCAUGGUUAAUCAAAAAUCUGCUAGAAAGGGGCUACACCGUCAACGCCACCCUUAGAAACCCAGGAGACGAGAAAAAAUCUGGGCCUUUGUUGGAGCUCCCGGGGGCAGAGGAGAGGCUCAAACUCUUUAAAGCUGAUUUAUGUUUAGAGGGCAGCUUUGACUCUGCAGUGGAGGGUUGUCAUGGAGUUUUCCAUGUGGCAGGUCCCAUGGAUUUUACAAAACCCAAUCUGGACGAUUUUGUUGUACCUGCUGUAAAUGGGGUACACAAUGUUAUGAGAGCGUGCAUAAGAGCUAAAUCUGUUAAACGUGUGAUUUUCACUUCAUCAAUUUUUGCCGCUUCUCCAAUGAAUGACAAGGGGGAAUUCACCCAGACGUGCCUUGAUGAAAAUUGUUGGAGCCCCGUAAAUUUCAUUAAAUCUCAACCUACUAUUUCAGCUUGGUAUGUGAUAGCUAAGACCUUGGCAGAACAGGAGGCCUUUAAAUAUGGGCUUAAUAAUGACAUUGAGGUUAUGAGCAUCCUACCAGGUUUGGUGAUUGGGCCUUGGCUUACAGCUACCAAUGCUUUAACAUCUGCUCAAGCAAUAUUAGCUCUCAUUGGAGGAAAUCAUGAAUUUUACGAACUUUUCAAGUUCUCUGAUUUCGUGUUGGGAUCGAUACCAAUUGUUCAUAUUGAAGAUACUUGCAAUGCCCACAUAUUUGUGAUGGAACAUACCAAUGCUCAAAAUCGUUAUGUUUGUGCAUCUGAUUCUUUGAGUCUCAAGUCUCUCAAGGAUUUCCUUGCUAAACAAUAUGUACAAUUCAAGAAUUCUAUCAAGUUAGAUGAAGAUGAUGGAGUUGAGAGAUACCUGCCUGUUUCUUCAAAGAAACUGUUGGAUAUGGGAUUCUCUUAUAAGUAUCAUUUACCAGAAGCUUUUAAGGAGACCAUAGACUGUGCCAUGAAGAAUGGAAUGUUGAAUGUUGGUACUGAAUAAAAGAAAUAUUUGAAAUAGAAAAAUAAAAGAACAAAAACAUAUAAAUAUUUGUGUAUUAUUA